AUGGGAUUCAGUACGCACAUGUUACCUGUUUUUCUCAUUCUGUCAAACUAUUACAUAAAUUUUGUCACUGCCUUAGACACCAUUAUAGUGUCUCUAUUAAUGAAAGACCCUGAAACUGUGACCUCUAAUGAUGGUACAUUCAAGCCAGGAUUCUUCAGCCCCGGAAAGAUGUCAAAUCGCUAUGUAGGAAUCUGCUAUCUGAGAGGUUUCGAGCGGAGAAACCGUGAGGAAUUGAAUAGGCAAAACCGGACAAGUGGAUGUGUGAGAAGGGAAGCAACAGCAGUUGGUUACAUGUCCCCUGAAUAUGCAAUGGAAGGGCUGUUUUCAGAGAAAUCAGAUGUCUUUAGCUUUGGAGUUUUGCUGUUGGAGAUAAUUAGUGGUAGAGAAAACUCAAGUUUUCGUAAUCACGAGCUGUUAUUGAGCCUCUUAGGAUACGCAUGGCAACUAUGGAAUGAAGAGGAGAUUGUAUCUCUGAUUGAUCCAGAAAUAUUCAAUCCAGAUAAUGUCAAUCACAUAUUGAGAUGCAUACACAUCGGACUUCUAUGUGUGCAAGAAUUAGCAAAGGAGACGCCUACUAUGGCUACUGUGGUUUCAAUGCUUAAUAGUGAGGUUGUGAAUUUUCCUCCUCCACGACAACCCUCGUUCAUCUAA